AUGGCUCGGGUCUUGAGAGACCAUGCACCAGCACCGCCGACGUUCGCAUGGCCCCCGGAAUAUCAGUCCGUUCCUAGUCUACCACAACCACGUCCACCGCCGUCGCCAACGUCGGAGAAUGAUCAGCCACCUUCUCAAGGCGGGGUCGUCGCUGGCCUCGUCAUCGGCUUCCUUGCCCUGUUACUCCUCGGCGCCGUGGUUUACAGCCUUUGCAAGGGGCGCCGCCAAAGUCGCGCCCUCGCUCGCGCUCAAGCAAGGGCCGCUGCCUGGGCCGCCGCUCGGCUGCGGCAGCAGGCGGAGCCUCCCGCGCGCGAGGACGACCAGCGGCGGCAGCAUCUCCGGAGGGCCAGCGGCCCCGGCCUGACGACGGCCCGCCUGCCGGCGUUCUCGUACAACCAGUCGCUGAAGCAAAACGUGGCUGGCACCGGGGAGGAUGCGGCGACGUGCUCGGUGUGCCUCGGCGCGUUCCAGAACGGCGAGUCGGUGCGGCUGCUGCCGGCAUGCCUGCACCUCUUCCACAUCGAGUGCAUCGAUCCGUGGCUGGACGCCCACUCGACGUGCCCGAUCUGCCGCUCCGACACUGACCCGACGGUGGACGUCGCGGCCCGGCUAUCGACUGUUUAG